AUGACAGAUAGUAAAACACCAAGCAAAGGUGAGGGAGAAGAAGGAAAAAAAGAAUUAAUCAAACCGGAAGAUGAAGAUGAAAACGAUGACGAAUCGAAAAAAUUAGAAAUGGAUGAUGGGAAAAAAGAAGAAGAAGAAGAAGAAGAAAAGAUAAAAAAACAAGCUCUUUUAGAUUACAUUGAAGAACUUGAGAAAAAAGAUAAGAGAAGACAGGAAGCGAGAAAUAAAAAUAUUAAUGUUAAAAGACCCGAAGAAUCAUAUUUUUCAAAAUUGGAUUCGAAUUUGAAAAAAAAUACAGCAUUCGUUAGAAAAGUUAAAAAUUUUUCAGCCAAUCAAUUAAAUGGUUUACUCAACGAUUUAAAAGUUUUAAAUUUAUCUAAAUAUGUGACUGAAAUUGCAUCUGCAGUGACUGAAGCCAAAUUAAAAGUUGCCGAUAUAUUACCAGCUUGUGAAUUGUGUUGUGCACUACAUAGAUUAUAUGCCGAUUUUGAAAAUGCUCUCAUGGAGUGUUGGAAAAAGUCAUUGACAAUAAAAAGUGAUGAACCAGUCUCGAAUAAUCUUAAAUAUAAAAUCGAUUUAAAAUUAUAUGCAGAAUUGGUUUUGUUAGGACUUUGGGCAGUACCACCUCCAUCGAGAGGUUUACAACUGUUAGGUUCGAUAAUAUUAAGUUUAGUUCAUAAUCAAAAAGAAGAUUUUAGUAAUAUAUCAGCCAUAUUAAGUUUUCUUAGAAGUUUCGGAGAUGUUUAUGCCGGUUUGAUACCAAGAGAAAUGGCUGAAGCAUCUAAGAAAUUUAAUAUAUCAAUUCCUAGUAUGACAAUUAUACCAAGUGAAAAACAUAAAACAGUUAGGCAAGUUUUUCAAGAUUAUUAUGAUUCAUUUUGUAAGCACUUAAUUAAAAAUCACAAUGAGUUACAGAAAUUUGAAACUCAUAGUCGAAGCAUUUUACAAACAAAAGGUGAAUUAAGUACUAAUAGAAAAGCAGAAUAUAAUGAUUUAUUAACGGAAUAUAAAAAAUUAUUGGAUUAUGCUAGACAAUUUAGUGAAAUAUUAAAUGCUCCAAUGCCAGUGCUGCCAAUAGAAGAAGUUACAAAAUCAGAAACGACAGUCAUUGACGAAUUACUUUUAAGUCACGAUGAAAGAUUUCCACUGGGAAUAUGGGAAGAUGAAGAAACUCAAAGAUUUUACGAAUGUUUACCGGAUUUGCAUGUUUUUCUACCGCAACUCCCUAUCGAUGCGCCCAAACAAAAAAGGACGUCGAUAUCGGAAAUAAGCGAAGAAAUAUUAGACGAAGAAAUAGAAUUGCCAACGGAUGAAACGGACGAGGAAAAAAAACCGGAAACGGAACACGAAGUCGAAGCUGUGACGGAUACUAAGACGAAAUACAUAUUCAACGAUUUUUUAUUUCAUUUACCGAGUUGUUGCAAUAGGGACACGGUCGAUAACAUGGCCAUCGAAUUCGUGUUGAAUUUAAAUACGAAACACAAUCAGAAAAAAUUAGCCAAACAUUUGUUCGGAGUUAAUAGAACGAGACUCGAUUUAUUGCCAUUUUAUUCGAGAUUGGUUGCCACGAUUCAUUUGGUGGCACCCGACGUUGCCACCGACCUUUGUCAAAUGCUCAAACAAGAUUUCCUUUAUCACGUUCAAAAAAAAGAUCAAAUAAAUAUCGAAUCGAAAAUAAAAGUCGUUCGAUUCAUCGGCGAAUUGAUUAAAUUUAAAAUGUAUUCGAAAUUGGAAGGUUUAUUUUGCAUAAAAAUCCUGCUCCAAGAUUUCAGUCAUCAUCAUCACAUCGAAAUGGUUUGUAAUUUAUUCGAAACGUGCGGACGAUUUUUAUUCAAUCAUCCCGAGAGUCGACAAAGAACCAAAGUUUAUUUAGAACAAAUGAUGAGGAAGAAAUCCGUCAUGGCACUGGAUUCGAGGUAUGCCACGAUGACGGAAAAUGCAUUCUACGCCGUCAUACCUCGCGAGGGUGGACAAACCGUUAAAAAAGAAAGGCCACCCAUACACGAAUUCAUAAGGCAAAUAUUGUACCACGAAUUGAGUAGGCAAAACGUAAGCAUGGUCAUUAAACUCUUACAUAAAGUCGAUUGGAACGAUCCGGAACUUUCGGCUUACGUCGUCAAAUGUUUGGUCAACGCUUGGAACGUUAAAUAUUUCAAUAUAAAAACAUUGGCCGGAUUGGUGGCCGACAUAUCUCGUCACUAUGAAAAAAUUCAAAUUGAAGUUGUCGACGGAGUAUUGGAAGACAUACGACUCGGUUUGGAAGUCAUGGAACCCAAAUAUAAUCAGAGACGCAUCGCCAUGGUCAAAUAUUUAGGAGAGCUUUAUUAUUAUCGCAUGGCCGACAGCAGCGACAUAUUGAAAGUCCUUUACCUUCUCAUAUCGCUCGGAGUGACUUUCAAUUACAACAAUCCAUCCCCUCUCGAUCCUCCGGGUCACACGUUUCGAUUGAGUUUGGUAUGCGUUCUCCUCGAAACUUGCGGACAGUAUUUGAGAUCCGCGACGUCUAGGAAAAAAUUGGAUUAUUUUUUGGUAUUUUUUCAAAAUUAUUUCUGGUACAAGUUCACGGAUCCGUUUUGGACGACGGAAAAUCCUUUUCCCCCGAGAUUGAGACACAUGGUGAGAGAUUGCCUGCUCAGCGUUCGUCCGAAAAUGAUCAUUUUUCACAAUUAUGCGGAAUCUCAAGAGGCCGUGGAAGAAUUGAAAAAACAUUUUCUGUCGAAAUUAAAAACGGAAAUCAAACAACCGACGGCGGCGACGACGACGACGACGACGACGGGCGUCGGAGAAUUGAAUCCCAUCGAUGAAAAAGAUGAGAGCGAAGUGGAAUUCGUUGAGGGAAACGACGAAGAAUGUUGCGAAGAUGAUGAACGGGAAUCGAGCGACGAAGAAAGUCAAACGUUCGAAGGUGGAAAUCCGAGUAGUCAAAGUCAAGGCGAGGACAUUCCCUCGAUCCUUUCCGAAAGCAACGAAAGUGAAAACCCUACGAAAAUGCAGGGAGUUCAAAAGGUCAAGUGUCAAGAAGACGAAGAUUUCAUGAACGCUUUCGACAAAUUGGUUGCCGAUCAAAUACAGGACAGAAUGAGAGAAAGGAUAACGCCUCAACAAAUCGACAUAUCCGUUCCUUUGCACGUUCGCGCGAACACGAAAAAAACGUACGAACAGUUGAAGGAGAAAAGCGAAGAAACUCAAACCGUUAAUUUUAUACUCAUGAUAAGAAAAGGAAACAAACACUCGUACAAGAGUCUCAACGUUCCCAUAAUGUCCGAACUCGCGAUCAAUUUAAAAGAACAGGAAAUGCUCGAAAGAAUGGAAAAGGAAAAGGUUAAAAAAUUAACACUGGAUAUAAACGAAAGGCUCGAAGAGGAAGAUUAUCAGGACAUGAUAAAUCAAACUCAAAGGCCGGCAGUUUCGAAUUUGAAUAGAGAAAGGAAGCAGAAGUACCAACAUCCGAAAGGUGCACCGGAUGUUGAUUUGAUAUUCGGUUCGAGUAAAGGAAAAUGA